GCUAGCUAGUAGCUACCUAUCAACGUUCAUCAAACUUGUCACUCUGUAACAUUCAAUCUGGUGGACACCUCGCUCAUCUCUUGCGGCCGGUAGCAGAGAAAGCCGGGCCUUCAAGAAGCAAGACGAUGCCGCGGCGCGCAGUGCAAGGAUCAUCAAGGCCGAAGCCUCGGGCUGGGAUCGUGAUGGCGACGGCGUCGGCGACGGCGCUCCUGUGUCUGACUAUCGUCAGCAGCAGUCUCCCCCCGGCGAUCUCCGCCCCGGGGCCGCCCAGCAGCAUGCCGCACGGGCCAGCGGAGCCGUCACCGCCGCCCAACGGCGUGACGUACGGGAAAGUUUUCUACUGCUUCCGCGGCUACAAGCGCUGCCCCAGCGGAAUCGAGCAAUGCAUCCAGCCGGAGAGGGUGUGCGACGGUGUGGUGGACUGCGCCGACGGCUCCGAUGAAGAUACGUCGGCGUGCGCGACCUUCGACUGCGCCGCCGCCGGUCGGUAUCGCUGCCCGAGCGGCAAGUACUGCAUGAAUGUGACCACUAUCUUGGGCGCGUGGCGACACGCGUACAGGGACCCCUACAAGUACUAUCUGUGCGACGGGGUGAGCGACUGCAAAGACGGAUCUGACGAGGACCCAAGCUUCUGCGCGCGUUAUAACUGUGUGGGCGACGUGCCGCACACUCCCGUGCCCAUGACUCUGGACUGGAGCGAUCCCCCUCACCGCCGACUCAGAUGCCCAACAGAAGGUGUCAGUGCCAAGAGCGUUGCCGCAGCCGUCGAUCUGUGCGUCUUCGCGAACGAGCUGUGCGACGGCGUCGCGCAGUGCCCGCAUGCGGCGGACGAGAGCGACGCCUUCUGCAAGCGGCGCGGCUGCGCUCGCGCCGCGGGAGGCAUCAGCAACCUAUUCCAGUGCGCGAGCGGGAGGUGCAUUGCCGAGGAGCGGCAGUGCGACGGCCAGCCAGACUGUCCCGCUCGCGACGACGAGGGCGACUGGUGCGCAAGCACCAGCUGCUGGGGCGCAAGCCUGAAGUGUCCCGGCGACAACAAGACGUGCAUCCCGACCAGUCGAAUGUGCGACGGGGUGCCCGACUGCGCCGACGGCUCCGACGAGCAGCAGGGGUGCGACACGUACGAGUGCUGGAACAACCGGUGCCCCAGCGGCCGCUGCGCGACGAGCUGGAUGACCCUGUGCGACGGCAUCAAGCAGUGCACCGACGGAUCCGACGAAGAUCCCGCCUUCUGCCGCACAUACAACUGCACGGCCAGCGAGGAGAAGUGCAAGGACGGCCUGCAGUGCGUGGCCAAGCCGCUGCUGUGCGACGCAGUGCCGCACUGCGCCGAUGCCUCCGACGAAGAUCCGAUGGCCUGCGCGUCGCGCAAAACGUGCGGCGCUGACUUCUACGUGCAGUGCCCGCGACGAGCGAAGACCUGCAUUUCCAAGUUCGAAGUGUGCGACGGAACCCCCCACUGCCUGGACGGCAGCGAUGAGUCGCCCAGCUUCUGCUCCACGGACAAAGCGCGCCGAAUCGCGGAGAGCACGUAUCGGAUAAGAUGCACAAAUAACAAAACUAGCGCUACAUACCUCUACGGAUCUUAUUGCGACGGGAUCUCAGAUUGCCCCGAUGGAAGCGAUGAGAGCAGGAGCUAUUGCAGACGCCACACGUGUCAGGAGGAGAGAGUGAAGUGUUACGGGACGUGGUGUGUGUAUGGACGUCUGUGCGACGGGAUGAGGGACUGCCCCGACGGAUCCGAUGAAACGGACUGUGCUGCUCCUGGAACCGCUGGAAGAUCUGGGACCGCAGGCGGACCCAAACCCCCUCCCGUGGUCCCAAGUGGGCCUAGUACUCGAACACCUCAGUGCUAUCCAAGGCCGGGGCGCAGCUUCCUAGAAUGCCAGAGAGGAGGCUAUUGAUGCCAUCCAGUCAGAGAGAGUUCAAAAAAAAAAAAAGAGGGUAUUAGACUUUUUUAUUUUUUAUUAGACUAUUUUGACACAGUGGGGUGCAGCUUCCUAGAUUGCCAGAGACUCCGAAAAAAAAAAAAAAAAAAAAAAAAAAAAAAAAAAAGAAAAAAAAAAAGAAAAGAUUGCCAGAGAGGAGGCUAUUGAUGCCAUCCAGUCAGGAGAGAGUUCACAAAAAAAGAAGGGGGGAAAAAACAGAGGGUAUUUGACUAUUUUGACUCAAUGCAGCCGGGCGAGCCGCCGUGUGGCUGGGAGAAUUGUGCGCAUCUGUGAAG